AUGACCAGUUGCUCCAGCAUAACCGAAAUUCAAACUUGUGGUGGAGGUGGUGGUGAUCGUGUUGGCGGCGGGGGUGGCGGUGAUCGUGUCGGCGGCGGGGGUGGCGGUGAUCGUGUUGGCGGCAGGGGUGGUGGUGAUCGUCUCGGGGGCGGGGGUGGCGGUGACCGUGUCGGCGGCGGGGGUGGCGGUGAUCGUCUAGGCGGUGGUGGUGGCGGUGAUCGUCUAGGCGGCAAGUUGCAAUCCACCAGAGGGAGAAUUCCAAACGAGAGGACUGUUGAUGGGCCACAAACAGUAGUGUUCUUGGUGAGAAUUGUGGAACCGUUUAUGGACAUGGAACAGGCAGCUCCAAAGAAUGUGAUUCCAGGCUCCUCUGUGAAAAUAAAGCUGCCCAAAACAAAAAUUUUCUUAUCAUCCAUCUCACAAGACAAGAGAUUUGUUCUCACUUAUAUCCAAAGACAGGAAGAACAGGAAAGCAUUGUGCUGGAGUUGAGAAAUUUGUCAGCACUGUGGUGCAUGUUGGGUCUCCAUAGAUUUCAUACGUGCUAG